UAAUCUCUUGCCUCUGUUUUUUUAAAUACUAUUGCAAUCCUUAUAUAAAUUGUAAUCAUCAUGCUAAAAGCGGAAAAUGAUCAUCACCAAAAAAUUGGUUCCAAAGGAGACAUUGAUUGGUGUUAAAUAUUCAUAAAUAAUAAUAACAUCAUCUAUAAUAACAUCACCACAGCCACAACAAAACAAGUCAAUCAAAUUGUUAAUCAAAUAUUUAACAAACCUAAAAGGAUAACAACACAGCAAUAACAAUGGAAUCAACAAUUUACUGAGCUCUCUUUUGAUUGCAAUUAACUUUCUCAAUCAAUUUUCACAACCAUGUUUACCUCUUCCUCAUUCUUACAACUUCCUAUUCUUAGAAUUUAUAAUUUUUUUUUCUGUUCUUUGAUCUCUAAAUUGUCACUAUCUCUCUCUUUCUCACAACAAAUUCUCUCCAACUUUGACCUACCCUUUUAGCACAGAAUUUUCUGUCAUCGGACUUGAAAUCAACAAUUUUUUAAUCAACAAAUUCAAAAGCAGGAUGAUGAUUAUGAUGGUAAAUAGUUAAUCGAAACCAAAAAAAAAGUCAAAACAAACUCAAGGAAAGAUGCAAACACCAAACACUAAACACACAAUGUACAUUAAUUCAUGUUAAUUAGACAAGCAAUUCUUAAUUCAAGUCUAAUCUUUAAAUCUAAUACAAAUUGUUGUACUCGAAUCACUUUAACUUUCUCGUCUUAACCUUUAACCCUAACCAGUUGAAUGAACAUGAUGAUAAUGAUAAUUAGUUGUAAACCUUAACCCCCAUUCAGGUAACAACAUUGGAACACAUCAACUAUCACAAUUGGAGAUGAAUUUUUAUCUGCGACCUUUAAUUAACAAUUAACAGCUUUGUUGUGAUACAAUUGAUUAAUUUUUACUCUUUCUCUCUCUCUCUCCAUGUUCAUCUCCCUCUCUUUUUAUUAUCCAAUUCUCUCUCCUCCCACUCUCACUUUCUCAUUUCUCUUUCUCUUCACUGAGAAAGUCUCUCUCUUUCUCUCUUUCUCUCAACAUAUGUUAGGGAUACAGAAAAAAGUCAAAAGAAAAAAAUAAAAACUGUUUUCAAUUUUUCUUUUUCUCUUGUGUUUAUUUUUUUACAAUUCUAAUUGUUGAUGAUUAAAAUCAUGUUUAUCCCCUAAAUUAGAACAACAAUUAAUCCAUAAAAUGGUAAAUAAUCUUCUUCUAUUCAAAGCCAUUUUUUUUAUUCUCUGCUCCUCCUUUUGUUUUUAUCGCCGUUCAAAUUAUGAUUCAUCAACAUCUACAAUACGAUUUACCUUAAUUUUAUUACUCUAAACAUCAUCACCACAAUUAACAUCAUCUACAACUUGAUUACCACCAUAGUCUACCCAUGAAAAUCACAAUUACUCUUUAAUUAUCUUACCAAAAGCGCGUCAGUUUUGUUCUCGCUUCAUCUUCUAUAAAACAAUUAAUUCUAUUAUUUUCUCCAUUUCAAUUCAAUAGUAAAUGGUUGCUACGAGUUGCUGAUUGUUUCUAUAAAUAUUGACGUUUGCUGGUUCAACAUACAAAUGAUUGAACUUACUAUUUGUUUCCAAUACAGAGUAUAAAUUGUCAGGUCAACAAUUGAUUUCUCAUCAUCAUCAGAUUCAACUGAAAUGUUCCAUCUCAUUUGAUUACCUGAGUUUUUUGAGUUAAAUUGGGACGACCAUGGCUCGUUUGGAGACCGUAAAGUGUGGCCGUGAGAAAAUCAAUCAACAAAUGAAGAUCAUGCUAUGGAAAUCAUGGGCUGUUCGUCGUAAUCAUCUUCUAGAAUUUACCUUUGAACUGUUAAUUCCUUUAACAAUAUCGGUCAUUUUUGUUUAUGUUCUCAUAAGACUGGGAACUUUACCCGAUUCAAGUACUUCGUCCCGUGUACCAGCUCAAACUUAUCCCAGUCCCUCUUUCAGUUUUAACCCAAGUGCUUUUAGUUAUUCCAAUAUUUUCUACACACCAGACGAUGAACCCACCGUGCGAUUAAUGAAUAUUAUCGAGACCAAACUGGCCCUUCAAGGUACACUACCGAUAUUUAAAAAUUUCAGCACAACGGAUGAAUUAUACAAUGAGUAUCUUAAGAUGAUCGCCAUCGAUCCAAAUGCAAUCAUUUACGGAGUCAUAUUUGAAAAAGAAAAGGCCAAUUCUCCUGGAUUUACCUACACCAUUAGGUCACGAAUGCCCCAAUGGUUGAAAACAACUUUCUGUGUUAAAACAAAUUCAUAUCCUUGCCCCGAAUCACCUUAUAACGUUUUCUCUAACCUUCAAACUCUCCUUAAUUUGGCUUAUUUGACCGAAAAAUUUCCCGAAAUUGAAUUAAACAUGACCAAAGUGCUCUCAUCUGGUUUGGUCAAUGGAUACCGAUUUCCAUAUCCAUCUCAUACCACCGCAAGUGACAAUCUAUCAGAUUUAACCCCCUGGGUUCGUUUUAGUUUUAUUAUAACUUAUGUUCUGAUUGUUAAACGAAUCACUGCCGAAAAAUCAAAUCAAAUUAGAGAAAUGUAUCGAAUCACUGGACUAAUGGACUGGAUCUAUUGGUUUGUUCACCUUGUAAAUCAUUAUUCCAUCUUUCUGGUUCAAGCGAUAAUUGUUACCGCUUUGUUUACCAUGAAAUUUAUCAAUGGUUACGCUUGUGUUUUUAACUAUUCAUCGCCGUCUCUUGUUUUCUUUAUCAUCGCCUUGUGGGGAUUGAACUUUAUGCUGACCGCUAUGGCUUUGUCCAUUCCCUUUAAUCGUCCCAUCUCCGCAGUGGUUGUUGGUGUCAUCGCUUGGGCACUACAAAUUAUACCCGCUUAUUAUAUUGACCCGGCCACAAAUAAGCUGGUUGAUGUUAUCGAGACAAGAGAGUUGAGGUUUGUUGCUUGUUUCUUGCCAAACAUGGCGUUAACUUUGGCCAUUCGAGUGAUCCAACAGAAAGAGAUCUAUGGUUAUGGUGCCAAUUGGGGUAAUCUAUUUGAACCUGCGUCCGUUUUUGGUGAACUUUCACUUGGUAAGAUACUUAUCAUCUUAUCAGUGACGACCUUCCUGUAUAUACCUUUAAUUUAUUACCUGGAAAAUGUGAUCCCCACCCAAUAUGGUAUCUCGAAACCUUGGCUGUUUCCACUUCACUCUCUGUUCCGUUACAAGCCAAGGAAAAAAGAGAACCAAGAAGAGCCACUAGAUUGGAAUCAUGAUCAUUUUGAACCUUUGGCUCCUUCCGAUGAGAUUAAAAUCUCUAUUCGAAAUGUUCUUAAAGAGUUUGAUGGACAUAAUCCACCAGCGAUUGCAGUUAACAACGUAUCUCUUGAUAUUCCCCAUCGGCAGAUAACCAUGUUACUUGGUGAAAAUGGCGCUGGUAAGACAACUUUAAUGUCCAUCAUUAUUGGACUUAUAUCACCGACCAGUGGGUCAGUUGUUAUUGAUGGUCACGAUAUUCUCGAGGAAACAACUGAUGCUCGUCGAAAUCUUAGUUUCUGUCCACAAGCUAAUGUACUGCAGCCUGAGUUAAGUGUCGAAGGUCAUUUAAUGCUCUAUGGUGCUAUCAAAGGAGUUCCUUGGAAAAAGUUAAAAAUGGAAGUUGAAAGAAUCGCUGAAGAUGUUAAACUAACCGAUUACAAAUCUCUUCGACCUAAUUCACUUUCAGGUGGAAUGAGACGUCGUCUUAAUUUAGGUAUCGCUCUAAUUGGAGAUUCAGAGAUAAUCAUUCUAGAUGAACCAACGGCCGGUUUAGAUCCAGGUUCUCGUCGGGAUGUUUGGAACAUAUUGAAUGAGAUGAAAAGUAGAAAAACGCUCAUAAUGACAACUCAUUUUAUCGAGGAAGCCGAUGCAAUCGGUGAACGAGUUGCCAUCUUACGAAAAGGAAAACUGGCCUGUUUUGGAUCACCCAUGUAUUUGAAAAGGCUUUUUGGAACUGGAUACGAAUUGAGAGUAGCCAAAACGGAGGAAAGUUCAGUCCAAGAUCUGACAACAAUCACACAGAAUCAUUUCCCGGGAGCCAAAUUGAAUUACGCUGUUGAAGGUGAAGUGAUCUAUGCCCUACCUCAAGAAUUGUCCAAUUCCAAUGUUUUCACGGAAUUUUUUGACGAACUUGAGGUUAAAAAAGAUUCUUUAAAAAUCUCUUCAUGGGGAUUGAGCUACACAACAUUGGAAGAAGUUUUCAUUCGAGUAGUCGAAGCGGAAACGGAAGAAACUGAGCAAAACAGUGUUUCAAGUGGAAGCAAUGGUUUAUAUAGAUCAACAUCUAAUCAGCUAAUUAACUCUGAUUUCCCCAACAAUCUACAAGCUCAUUCUUCAAGCAAUCAACAAGUUGACCAAUUGGGUGUCAAAGAUUAUCUUCACCCGAGUUUUUUCGUUACUGGAUGUCAUCUUCUAUUCCAACGGAUGAAAGCACUUUUAAUUAAGCGUUACAAUUACGCUAAACGUUACUGGAAAGUGAUCUUAUUUCAAAUACUCAUUCCCACUCUUAUGUUUGCCUUAAUCAUGAUAUUGGAUCAAAAAAUUGUCGGUAUGGUUUCAUUAUUCAAACAAACGGUACAAUUAAGUUUACAACAUCUUUACGGUUAUACUAAUGCUCUUUACUCAAAUCCAUCGGGUGAUGCCGCUGAUUUUGGUCAAAAGUUUAGCGAAGUGAUGAAAGCUGAAUAUGCAACAGUCGGCUACCUUAAUUCAACAACUUCGGUCGAUGAUUAUAUGUUGCGUCAAGGGGAGAUAUUGUCAAUCAAUCAAUAUAUCCACGAUUACAUAGUGUCCAUGGAAUAUACUGAUCGCGAAUUGAAAAUCUAUUACAAUAAGGAAGCUCUUCAUUCCCUUCCGAUUGCAAUUAAUUUACUAUUCGAUACUGUUUAUCGUAAUAUAACAGCUUCGACCUCACCACCGAUACCAACGAUGAACGGAGGAGGAAAAGCAAGUGAAAUUGGAUCAGGUUCAUUGUUACCUGUUUUCGUAUCAGCGGGUGGCACUUUACAUGAGCCUCUUUUCCGUUUCUCUACUUACAAUUAUCCAUUUCCUUCCAAAGGUGACCUUCUUCAGCCAAUCAUUUCAACCGCUCUUCGACCUCGUCUUUGGAGUGUUUUAGUACAAAUCACGAUGCCCUUUCUAGCUGCUAGUCAUGUUCUGGUUCCCAUCCAGGAAAGAAGCUCAAAAGCCAAACUAUUACAAAUAAUGACCGGACUUCAUCCCAUUUUAUACUGGCUGGCCCAUUUUCUUGUCGACAUGUUGAUUCAUAUUAUUUGUACCUGUUGUAUAUUUGCGGUCAUUUUGCUUCUAGAUUUCCAAAUGAUCUUCCAUGACGAUAUCAAUAUCCAAUUGGCUUUUCUUCUUUCACUGAUUGCAAGCGGAGUUGCUUCCAUUCCUUUGGCAUAUAUUUUCUCAUUUAUUUUUGAUCGUCCAAGUAUUGGUUACUCUUUUCUGGUACUUCUUUUCCUUGUUUUCGGUGUCAUGAUGGCCAUUAUCGAUUUUAUCAUUGAAAGUUUGGUACCUAAAAUAGUUUCGCAUACAUUUAAAAGUGCCUUCGAUUUGAUUAUUAGCUUUUUCCCUCUUCAUGCAAUGACCAGUGCAAUUGUGAAAGCUUUCAGUCUUGCCCUCGAGGCAAAGGUCUGUGGUCAAGUUAUGCCCAAAGUACUUGAAGUUCAAUGUGUCAACGCAACCGUUUCUGACACCGAUAUGACUUAUCGAUGUUGUCCCAAUAUUUGUGAAAAAACUGACGAUUGUUUCAAAUAUCGUGACCCGUUGUCAUGGGAAUACGGAGUUUUACCUGGAUUAACUCAACUGGUCACCGAAGCGGCCAUUUUUAUCGUUAUCCUUUUAAUCCUUGAGUUUUACUAUGAUCGACUUGAAUGGUUAAAUGAUUUAAAAGAUUCCUUGUUGACCCGACUUUCGAUUCAUACCUCGUAUGUUGAUGAAGAUCCCCGUCGACGUAACAUCGAAAGUGAAGACUCCGAUGUGACCGCUGAAAGACAUCGUGUUUACGCUGAGCGAAAUAGAUGUACAAUCGAUCAGGACAUUCUAAGUGUCAUCGAUUUGAAGAAAAAAUAUCGUAAAUUUAGAGCGGUUGAAGGUCUUACCUUUGGUGUCCGUCAAAAUGAAUGUUUCGGACUGUUGGGUAUCAAUGGGGCGGGUAAAUCGACCACAUUUAAAAUGCUGGUCGGUGACAUAUUGCCAAGCCAUGGAUCGGCUUACAUUUGUGAUCUCGAUAUAACCAAAGAUAAACGAAGUUACCAACAGUGUAUCGGUUAUUGUCCACAAUAUGAUGCACUGAUUGACCGUUUAACGGGUCGAGAAAUGUUAUUCCUAUUUGGUAGACUUCGAGGUCUUGAAGAAAAGUGUAUACCAGUUAUAGUUAAUCAAUUAAUUAAUGACGUUGAUUUACAAUUUCAUGCAGAUAAGGUUACCGGUUGUUAUUCGGGUGGAAAUACGAAACUUAGCCUGGCAAUGUCGUUAGUUGGUUCACCGAAAGUUGUUUUCCUUGAUGAACCUUCGGCUGGUGUUGAUGCCGCAAAUAGAAGGCGAAUGUGGAUUCUACUUUCUUCCGUUCGAGAAAGAGGUUGCUGCUUAGUUCUAACUAGUCAUUCGAUGGAAGAAUGUGAAACCCUUUGCUCUCGAAUCGCAAUAAUGGUCAGUGGAGAGUUCAAAUGCUUGGGAAGUUUACAACAUUUGAGACAUAAAUUCGGUCAAGGUUUUAGUCUGUACAUAAAAAUCAAAGUGGACAAAAUAUCGGAUCCCGAUUAUCUUGGACAUUUACGUUCGACCGUUGAAACUACCUUAAAUGCUGAAUUAAAACAGCAUCAUUUUGUUAAUUUAUUUUACCAUAUACCCGAUAAAUCACUUAAAUGGUCUCAACUUUUUAAAACAAUGGAAACAAUUAAGGAAACACAUCAAUUGGAAAAUUUCAUAAUCAGUGAUACUUCAUUGGAACAGAUAUUUUUAGCCUUUUCGAGGAAACAAAUUUCAACCAAUUAAUUGUGCCAAUUAUUUGCUCUUCUCCUGAUCAAAAAUCUACAUCAACACAAUUAAGAAAACUACAAUGAUUAACAACUAAUUGGUCUUCCCAAACUCAUUAAACCAUCGCAUUCAGAACAAUUAACCAAAGCAUCAAAUUCAAAGCCUGUGUGUGAAUAAUCAUAAUCUUAAUCUUUAAAUUUCUCUGUCAGUGUGUUAAUUGUGUGUAAAUUUUAUGAUUGACAAAUGAACAACAAUCAAGAUGAUUAACGAACAAAUCUCCUCUCUGAACAAUUAACUUAUUGGGAGUAUUAUCAGACCAAUCAUUUAAAUAAUUUUCUCUCUUUCCUUUCUAUCACAAUCAACUCAAUUAUCUAAAUUGUUUUCCGUUUCUCUGUUCGUUACAAAUUAACUGUGAUCAUUUUUUUUUCUUCUCCCUGUUACCGAAACCACUGAAAUAUAUAUAUUAUUAUCUUCCUGAUUGUAUCAAGAGAUAAUAAGAAAUAUGAACAAUUAAAAAUAUUUUCACUCUCGAAAA